CGGUCCUCAACCACCCUUGACAAACAAAUUAGAGUUCAUAUUUCUCCAAAAUAAUAAUAAUAACAACAAUAACAGUAAUAAUAAAAUCCCAUAAUGAUUCAUGAAAUAUAAAAUCCAAAAUGACCAAAAGUUCUUCAUUUUCAUAUCUAAUUCUUUCAAAUAAUCACUCCACAUUCAUAGGAAGGACAGAAUAGAAAAUAUUACAAAGCAUAAACUCCAUUUUGGUUCAUUGUUGUUUUGGAUAUUUUAAGAUUAAUCAGCAAAGUCUCAGCUGGAUGGAUGUUUAAGGGAAAUACUGUAAUGGGUAAUUUGAUUUGACUUUUUUGGAGCUUCAAAAAUCGUACCUUUAUUUGGAACUUUUAAAGAACAGAAAACCCAAAAUAAUCCACAAAAAGGAGAUCGAAUCAGUUCUAUCGGUUGGAUUUUCAACAAAAACCCUCCACCGCUGCCGCCGCCGCCACCUCCCAACGGCCACCGUAUGACCCAGAUAAAGAAGAUCGAAGCACACCCCUUUUUUUAGAAACUUGAGGAAACAAAACAAUCUUUAACCCCACUUUUUUGGGGGUGUUUGUCUGUUCUAUCACUUUUUUUUUUUGUUUGAUUUUUCAUUUCUGAUUUAUCCCUAGUUUUUCUUAUCGAUUUCUCUGUAAUACCCUUGUUUCUUCUUCCUCUUCAUCGGUUUUGUGGUUUAAUCUCUUCUUCAAACAUGGCUGCCUUUUCUCUUUUUGUCUAUUUUCUUGCCAUUUGCUCUUUAGGGUUUGUGUCUUCAACAUCUCUUUCUAGAUCUUCAAUUUGCCCCAAAGAAUCUGAUUUCUUUCUCUAUGGUGUUCGAUCUCAAUGCCCUUUCUCUGCUGUUCCCAGCUCGCCUUUGCAGGUGGAUGGGGAUUACAUUGAUAGGACUUUGACUUCUUAUAAGAAGAUCGGCUACACCUCUGUGUUCUUUUAUGCGUCAUGGUGUCCAUUUUCUCUCCAUUUGCGCCACACAUUUGAAACUCUCAGUUUCUUGUUUCCUCAAAUGGAACACUUGGUGGUUGAACAAUCUUCCACACUACCAAAUGUACUCUCAAAAUAUGGGGUCCACAGCUUCCCAUCUAUAUUGCUGGUCAAUGGGACAUCACGUGUUCGGUAUCGUGGUCGAAAAAAUAUACUUUCACUUGUUCGCUUCUAUAGCCGAAUAACAGGAUUAAAACCAAUCCCGUACUAUAACAACGCCGAGUUAGUUACUAUCGAGAGUGUUGGAAGGCCCAUUAUCCAACUGGCAAAGUCUUCCUCACCAAACAACAUAUUGAAGAGUGAUCCACUGUUGGCUUUCUCCUUUGUAUUCGUCUGUCUUCGUGUAGCAAUGUUCAAAUUACCACACGUCCUGCACCAGCUGAACAAUCUUUGUAGAUCUUGCAUACCUCAUCUAAACUUGGAAAUAUUUGGCGAAACACGACAACUAAUGGGGCGCAUUCUUCAAAUGCUCGAUAUCAGAAGGGCGUGGGCCAAGCUAAGGCUAUACAAGACAAAGAACAUCCACAAGGGAGCAAGGAAUGCACGUGUUUGGGCAUCGUCUUUGGCAUCUGUCUCGUUGGGUGAAUCCUCGUCUUCGAGAUCAACUUAGGUUCACUCAAACCUUGUAAAAAUGGAAAUUGCAGCUUUUGAUGAUAGAACCAUCCUACUUUCUGAUGAAACACAAGUAUUUUUCUUGCUAUUAGAAGUAAUGGAGAGUAGUAGUUAGGCUUUUUUGAUUCCUCUUCUGAAGGCAUGUAUAAAUUGUUUCUUUUUAUAUUUGUAUAAUUAAUAAUAUUACACAUUGCACACAA